ACUAUAAAUUAUAUGGACUUAUUUGGAGUUGUCAAGUUGAAGUCGAAACCUUUUACAAGUUGUAAUAAUCUUAUUCAAAAAUAUGGGCAUCCCACAUGUUCUGGCUGUACCUUAUCCAGCACAAGGCCAUGUCAUUCCAAUGAUGGAGCUUCUCCAGAGCUUUACCAAGCAGGGGUUUAAGGUAACAUGUGUCAACACUGAAUUCAUCCACGAGCGUGUAAUGAAGGCAAUGAAUGAGAAAGAAAGCAAUGUGGUGGAUACGAUACAGAUGACCUCAAUUCCAGAUGGACUAGGUCCAUCAGAGGAUCGAAAUGACUUUGUUAUAGCAUUGAAAGCAAUAUUUGAGGUGAUGCCCGGGAAACUAGAGGAGCUUAUUGAAAAGAUCAACGAAACAGAUGACAACAAAAUCACGUGCCUUGUUGCUGAUGAGAAUAUGGGAUGGGCCUUUAAAGUUGCGGAGAAGUUUGGAAUAAAGAAGGUGGCUUUUUGGCCUGCAUCAACAGCACUCUUGGCUGCAAGUUUCAAUGUCCCCAAGUUGAUCCAAGAUGAAAUUCUAAACAGCGACGGAACUGUGAGAAAGCAUCAGACUAUCAGCUUGUCGAAAAACAUGCCUGCAAUGAACACUGAAAACUUGGUUUGGUUUUGCUUUCCUGACUUGGAGACACAAAAAACUGUGUUUGGUGUUAUACAAAAAAGUAAUGAAUUUGUGAAACUUGCAGACUUUGUCAUCUGCAAUUCGGCUUAUGAACUUGAGCCAGCAGCCUUCACCUUGUGUCCAAAUCUCUUGCCCAUUGGUCCACUUAUAGCAACCAAUCAACUUGGGAAACAAGUAGGCCACUUCUGGCCCGAAGAUUCAGCUUGUCUGACAUGGCUCAAUGAACAGCCAGUCUCUUCAGUCAUUUAUGUUGCAUUUGGAAGUUUCACACUUUUUGAUCCAAUACAGUUCCAAGAAUUGGCUCUAGGACUUGAAAAAACCAAUAGGCCAUUUCUAUGGGUUGUGCGUCCAGAUAUGACUGAUGAAAUGAAUGAAGCCUACCCGAAAGGGUUUAUUGAUAGAAUAGGAAGUCGAGGGAGAAUGGUAGGUUGGGCUCCUCAAGAAAAGGUUCUACGCCAUCCUUCUGUGGCUUGUUUUCUGAGCCAUUGUGGUUGGAAUUCCACCAUUGAAGGUGUAAGCAACGGAGUGCCUUUUCUGUGCUGGCCUUACUUUGCUGAUCAGUUCCUGAACGAGAGAUACAUUUGUGAUGUUUGGAAAGUCGGGUUGGGACUUGAAAAGGACGAAAGUGGAAUCAUCAGUCAUAGUGAGAUUACAAACAAGGUUGAGCAUCUAGUUUGUGAUAAUCAGUUCAAGGCUAGAGUUUUGGAGCUCAAGGAAAAGGUGGUGAAUAGUGUCAGCACACAAGGAUGCUCAAACAAGAAUUUAAGCAGAAUAAUUGAUUGGAUGAAAUAAGAGAGUGCAGUGGGUUCGAACACUCUGAGUAUACGAAAGCAAAGUCAUACAGUAGCAAGAAGAAAUAAUGUACUUGUUAAUCAGAUCAUGGCUUUCUAAUGAUAUUGCAGUUUGCAAGAUUUA